AUGACUCUCUUCUUCGGACUGCUCGUAUCUGCACUGCUCUACUCAUCCGCUAUCGCCGACCAAGCGUUAGAUCAAUCGAGGCUCGGUACAGAGUACACCCUCCUGCCCAUAUAUAGGACAGAGGGAGGCACCAAUGCUCUCGCAUUGGGUAUCGGUACACCCGCUCAAGACUUCAACCUCACAUUAUCUACGAAUGUCGAAUUUCUCAUGGUGGCUGGGACAACGUGUGUGAGCUGUGUGAGAGAUAGUGAUAGGUAUAAUUCUGCCAGUUCAGGCUCUUUCACUAGCUCCGCACAGGCACUAUCAUAUACCGCCAUCUACCCUUCUGACCCGGCCGACGAGCUCCAACUGUCCGGAUUGCUCUCGGAGGAGGAUCUCUCAGAUGAACGGGGUACCGAUCAAGAUCGUGUAGUGGCGGUGAUCAACACUGUGACGAGCAUGGCUACCAAUCAGACCAGGAGCACCGCCGAGUCUCUUGAUCAGGGUGUAUCCGGCUUCUGGGGCUUAGGUAUCUACAACACCAAACCCUCGUACUCUAUCAUCCCAGCCAUGCUCGCGACCAACGGAGACGGAACCCCAGCUACCAUCCAAAGCUUCACUGUUGGUUUGGAUAUCGCCAACUACUCAACGGAUCUUUCUGUCCAAGCUGGCGCUGUGCAUUGGGGUGGGGCUCCUAGUGGUCACUAUGUCGGUGAUUUUAACUGGUUGGACGUAAAGAACGGUCUCGGCGGCGGGUGGGCUUUUGACAUUGGCCAAAUACGUGUAGGGUCCAACGUUGUGGACAACUCAUCUCUUUAUGCCACCAUCGAUCCUGGCUUUGACGGAAUUUACGUCCCGGAUGCCGACGCUUCCAAACUCAUGUCUGGUGUACCUGGAGCAAGGAGAGAUCCGGACGAUCCAACACGAUGGAUUAUGCCGUGCAAUACGAAUAUCUCCAUGACGGUCACUAUCGAUCAACAUGAGUAUAAAGUGGCAGCGAGUGAACUGGUAAAACCCCGUACGCUGGGAGGUACGAGUUGUUGGGCAGGGAUCGUUGCUUGGCGGAAUGGAAGUCUGGCAGAACAACUGGGUGAAGUCAGAUUAGGCACUCCUUUCAUGUCUGGAGUGUAUGCCGCAUUGUACUAUACCACAGACGAAAGACACGUUGGCCUUGCUGGGAAACCGAACUCGGUCAAUAAUUUCAACGUGACUGCCAAACCCCCUGGACAUGCCAACAAGAAGCUGGCCGGUAUCCUGAUCGGUUGUCUCCUUGGUGCUCUUCUCAUCCUUUUCUUGCUAUGUUACGGUCGUAACCGUAAUUCUUUCCAAUCGAUAUGGUACCGUUCCAUUCGACGACAAGAACGAGCUCAAAUGAACGCAAUAGUCCGUGCUGCCACGCUUCCGCCACCCUUCAUCGGAGGAGGUCCCGUUCCUAUUCCUUUCCAACCUGGCUAUGCUCCCGUUCCAACAGGUCCCAUUCCAUACGGACCAAUGGGUCUUACGCCUUAUGGUCCACCGCCGACACUUGGGUUAGGGUAUGGUCGUCCCAUGGGUCUAGGGGGUUAUCAAGCUCCUCCAAUGUAUCAACAGCCCAUCCACACCCAGCAUUCUCAACAAGGUCCUCAGAGUCAGAUGCCACAAACUGUUCAACAUCAAACUAAUGGAUUUUAUUCGCCUCAUGUACCACUUCCUCAGACUCAAUCACCACCUGUACAACACCCACAGCCUUCCCAGUCGGUACCCCAAAACCAUCCUCAUCCGACCAAUGAAGGUUCAAAAGGUAUGCAAGAUUUGCCCGGCUAUCACGAGGUCGCCGCCGGUCCCAGUCACCAAGUACGCCAAACCUCAUUGCCGGUCGGCAACGGCCAAGCGCAAAAUCCUGGUCCCCCGAAUAAUAUGGGACAUGGGAGAGCGGCAUCUAUGGAGGUCAUGCCGAUGGGGCCUCGAAGGAUGUCUAAAGGGUAUCAAGAUGGGAAGAUGUAUGACGAAUGGGCCAGACAACAACCUUCAGCUACCCAAGAAGCUCUCAUGAACCAAGGAGUUCUUCCGACUAGUGGGCAACCACAACAGAGAUUGUCAACCUCGGCGCCUGCCGCUCCAGGAUACCAAGGGAGAAGGAGGUGGUAUUCCAAAGCAUCGAGAUCGUCAUAUGCCUCUCCAUCACCUUCUCAACCGCCAGGACCGGGUGGUAUGCCAAUGCCAGGCAUGCCAGGAAUGGGUGGACCAGGAGGGAUGGUGGGACCAAAUGGGAUGGGCAAUAUGGGAGGUAUGACAGCAAUGAAUGGGAUGGGAGGGUCAGGCAUGACGGCUCCAAUGGGAGGGUGGAAUGGCAUGGCUCCACAACCAGGGAUGAGCGGAAUGAACGGAGUCGGUGUGGGGGGAAUGGAAGGAAGUGGAAGUCCCGGAACUCCCAGUCCUCUGAUGAACCGCAAGCGAAGUUUCCUCAAAGGGAUGAUGGGUAGUGAUGCGGGUGGACGAGGACGAUUUCCAGGGUUUGCCAAAGCUGCCGAACGUUCAAGGGAAAGAGAACGUUUGGCGGAGACAGGAGCAGGGGAAUGGUAUUCAUAA